CGCGGUCCCUCUCCACUCGGAGAUCACCUCCAAUGGAGCCUGGCACUUUUCUCCGUCCUAGCAGACAGCUUGCUUUAGCCUCACGCUCUAGAUUCUCGGCCUUGGAGGUGCGGGUGGGGGUGGGGGUCUUUUCUCUGCCUGGUCUCAAAUCCCCCCAAUUUUGGCAUCUCUCGAGUUGAACGGCGGGAACCGGAAGCCGGUUGCAGCAGCCGCGGGUCCCGGCGAAUCGACGCCGGAAGUAGCGAUCGCCUCGGGAGGUUUCCGCCAGCCUCGCCAUGGCGGCGAUUCCUCCAGACUCUUGGCAGCCGCCCAACGUGUACCUGGAGACCAGCUUGCAAAUGAAGACUUGUGGAGCGGUCCCAUAACGUUCCUGUGUGCCGUGACCUUGUUCUUGACUGGAGCUCUACUGUCCUCUCCCCCUGCAGCAUGGGGAUCAUCGUGCUGGAGCUGUACUGGAAGCAUGCUCCAAAGACCUGUAAGAACUUCGCUGAAUUAGCUCGUCGAGGUUACUACAAUGGCACCAAAUUCCACAGAAUCAUCAAAGACUUUAUGAUCCAGGGAGGUGACCCAACAGGCACAGGUCGAGGUGGUGCAUCUAUCUAUGGCAAGCAGUUUGAAGAUGAACUUCAUCCAGACUUGAAAUUCACAGGGGCUGGAAUUCUCGCGAUGGCCAAUGCAGGGCCUGACACCAACGGCAGCCAGUUCUUUGUGACCCUGGCUCCCACCCAGUGGCUUGAUGGCAAGCAUACCAUUUUUGGCCGUGUGUGUCAGGGUAUAGGCAUGGUGAAUCGAGUUGGAAUGGUGGAAACAAACUCCCAGGACCGCCCCGUGGACGAUGUGAAGAUCAUUAAGGCAUACCCUUCUGGGUAGACCUGCCCUCUUGGCCACACCCUGGUCUUCAGAGAUGGCCCCAACAAACCAGUAUGCAGAUGACCUAGAAUGACUCAUAACUCUAAACUUCAUUUUGGCCUUGCAAAUCUGAGGCACUGAGGAGGCCUGGGGUCUUGGGUGAGUUAGAGAUGGAAGUGUAUUUUGAUCAGAUGCUUCUUUUCUCUUCCCCAGUGCCUGCGUUGACUGAGUAUUUGCAGAAACGCUCUUACACGAUCUUUCACAGACAGCUGCUCACUGCACAUGACCCACACUGCUCCUUCUCGUGUGUGUCUGCUUUAUGGACUUCAAACAAAGUGAAGCCAACUCUGUCAUUUAGCAGUGCCUAACAACCUCUUGUAGAAAUUUAUAUUCUGGCCUACACUGCAGUCUUUAGUGGCUGACAGCCAUAGAAUUCAAAACCAAGUAGUGUCUAUCAGCCUUCUUAACUAUGUGCGCCCCCUAUUUCAGUCUCUUGCAUUUGUUCUUCCAGGGAUUGUAUGCAUCUCUGUAUAUAUUUUUCCUCUCAGAACAUCAACACUGCUGUUUCUGACACUUAGACAUCCCACGCAAAGCCACAUUGAAUUUUUGCCAAAUGAAAAAUGCAUCCAACAAUCAAGUUUCUAAGAAGGUGUCAAGUGGGGAAUGAUAAUGUGUAAUAAUCGAGAAAUGAAUUUAUAAAAAAGAAGCAGACGCAUUGACCAUUUUUUCUCCAGGAAGGAGUAGAAAUCUGUAGUGAGCAUAAAUGCAGACUGUGAGUUCUCCUUAAAAAAGCAGUAUUCUCAUAACGGAGAAGCACCACUUAAGUUUUUUUAAACUAAAACUUAAGAGAAAUUAGGUAAAGAGAGUUUAUAUAUAUAUUUUUAAUCUUUGUAAUUUUUUUUAAGGAGGGAGUGGUGAGAGAAAGGAAGUUAAUACCUAUGGAAUGCAUAGAAACUUCCAAAAUAAAAUGCCAUUGAUGGUUGAAAUCA